AUGCCUCUCUUCGGGAACACCUUCAGUCCGAAGAAGACUCCCCCCAGGAAAUGCUCCUCUCUCUCCAACCUGCACUUGCUGGAUAGAUCGACCCGUGAGAUUGAGCUGGGCCUGGAGUACGGCAUCCCCACCAUGAACCUUGCUGGCCAGAGCCUCAAGUUUGAAAAUGGCCAGUGGGUGGCAGAAUCAGGAAGCUUCACGGGGGAUCGCAGGGAAAUGCAGCGCUUGCGCAAACGAAACCAGCAGCUAGAGGAAGAAAACAACCUCCUUCGGCUGAAAGUGGAUAUUCUGCUGGACAUGCUCUCCGAGACCACAGCCGAGUCCCACCUCAUGGAGAAGGAGCUGGAGGAACUGAAGAACCACAGCCGGAGAAGGAAGUGA